AUGGCCACAUCGAUGCCGCUACCCCUAAACCCUCACGUCCCGGUCACACCUCCACCGGACCACCAAACCUUCAUCAAGCCUGAAGGCCCUCCGUCUCCCCAGAACCUCAAGUCGUUUGUGCAGGGCGUAUACGGGAGCAUGGAAGCAAAGCUACAGGCACAGGCAACCCUAUCAUCGGCGGCAGCAGCGGCAGUACCCGCCGCCAAAGACGCACAGAAGGCGACGGACCCGACGGCAGCAGCCCUCGACCCAAAGUACGUCGCCAUGGUGUCACGGAUCGCGUCCUACUACCAGCAGCGGUGCCAGGCCGUGGCCAACUUCCAGCAGCAGAGAUGCCAGGCCUGGGCGAACAUGCACCGGCAAAAGUGCCAGGAGAUGAUGCAGGCGGCGAUGCUCGUGGUCGCCUGGUACAUCCGAGACCGCAUCAACCGCCGGCGGAGGAGGCAGAAGCGCCACUUCCGCAAGGGCCUGUCCGAGAGGGUGUCCCGGAACAGGGUCACCAAGGGCGAGUCUGUGCGGAGAUGGGUCCUGAACGUCCCCGAGGGCGCGCUGUCGCCGAAUAACCCGGUCAGGGAGAUGUUCGCCGACGACGGAGAGGCCUCGUUCGAUAUCGACAAGGAGGUGCUCCCGGACAAGGACACCAAGCUGUUCAACGUGGCAGACAACCUCAUCAAGAGGCAGCUCUGCAAGAUUGACGUCCCUCUGAUGGGCGCCCUCUCCUUCGACGAGAGCGACAGCGAGAGCGAGGAGGAGGAAGAGCCCGAGGACAUUGAGCUCGAGGAGGAAGACAUCGAGGAUGAUGACGACGACGAGGAAGAGGACGAUGAUGCGGAUGAUUAUGAAGACGAAGAUAUGGAAGACGGCGACGACAUCGGCUCGGAGUUGGUCCAGCACGGCACCGGGGGCGGCAGCCGCAAGCGCACCCGGACAUCCAGUUCCGGUUGA